AUGGUCAAGUGCCUCAGCUGGAGGACACAAUGUGCCAACGUGUUGUAUGAGCCUUCGAUCUCGACCCGCCACGUUGCAAAAGAGGGCGAGGACAAGAAGCGGGGCCCCUCCGAAUGGGAAAAGCCAAAGCUGCCGGAGUUGAAGGCGAAAGAAGUGCUGAAACAGGCCCUGGCAGCGAAGCCCAAGGCCAAGAGGAAGAAGCGAGGAGUGAACCCACUCUCCUGCAAGAAGUCCACGAAGCCAAAAGCAGGUCUGGUGCUGCCCAAGGCCAUGCCUGUGGCGCCCAAGGCGAAGCGAGUGCGCUCCCGCCGGAUGGGCAACCGCAGCCGCGAGCAGGCUGAGAUGAUGCUUUCUGCGAGACCGGCAUCAGAGGCGCUGCCUGUGCCUGAGGAACCGCCGGCUUCGCAGCAGCGAAAGCGCCGCAGCCGCUGA